AAUGGUAAAACAUCCAUUUUGGACUCUCAUAUGGAGUUGUAUAUAAGUAGUAUUUUAGUUGUUAAUCCGUUUCCUUCACGUUAAACCCGCUUGCCCAAAGAAACACAAAUUCUCAUCCAAUCCCCUUUACUCAAUUCUUUCUUCUUUGAUCUACAUUUUACGUCAUCAAAAUACCCAAAUUGCGCUUGUAAAAUCAACGGAAACGCAAAUAACAAAGCAAAUGGAGAAAGCGAAAGCUUUUCUUGAAUUGACCCGAGAAGAAUCGGACCGGGUUUCAUCUAUUGCCUUUCCCCCUCACCGGGUCGGUUCAGAGUGUAGCUUCUACGAGUAUUAUGCGCUGAGAGGCAUCCGGGUUGACCGAGUUGAACCGGGUCAAGUUUUUUGCACCUUCAAAGUUCCUCCUCGUCUCACUGAUAGAGAAGGGAAGUUAGCAUCUGGUGCCAUUGCCAAUCUAGUUGAUGAAGUUGGGGGUGCGGUAGUCUAUGUGGAGGGUCUUCCAAUGAAUGUAUCAGUGGACAUGUCCAUAUCAUUUCUUUCAACUGCGAAGGCUGAUGAUGAGUUGGAGAUCAUUGGUCGAGUCUUGGGUCAGAAGGGAGGAUAUAAAGGGACAAGUGUACUUGUGAAAAAUAAAACGACCGGGGAGCUCAUUGCUGAGGGCCGGCAUUCAUUAUUCGGUAAACAUGUUAGUAAAAUGUGAAGUAUUUCUCUGGACCAAGAUGCCUCUUUGAAGAUGUGGUUCAGUUUCCGCGUCCUGGUCCACAUAUAUGCUUUUUUGUUUUGAAAAAACAGUAUGGUGUAUAGUUUUUCUCUUGCUGUGAUAACAUGUAUUGGGCAGCAUUAUGCCUGUGAAGAAAAAGUCCAAUGUAGAUAUUUGCUUGUUAAUGGAGGUGGAUGCAAAGAUUUUCAUU